UCAGUUGUGACGCGUCGACAAUUGGAACUCGUCCGGUGAAGCCAAGAUGCGCCUCUAUGAGCUGCCAACAGCGCUGCUGGUGUUGGUCUCAGCAGCACCGCUAGCUCAAGGCUUCUACCUCCCAGGCAUCACACCGACCAACUACAAACACGGCGAUCUAGUCCCGCUCACCGUCAACCACCUGUCGCCCGCUCAGUCCCAGCGCGACAACUCAGUCAAAUCGGCCUUCUCCUUCGACUACUACCAACCCAACUUCCACUUCUGCGCACCAAAAGAUGGACCAAAGCGGAUAUCAGAGUCGCUGGGGAGCAUACUGUUUGGCGACAGGAUCCUCACUUCGCCCUUUCGGCUGCGCAUGGAAGUGAACGAGACAUGCCAGGCAGUAUGCGAUGAGGUGGUGUUCAAGGACGCGGACGCCAAGUUUGUGAACCGUCGGAUACAGCAGGAUUAUAUCGUGAACUGGCUGAUUGACGGCCUGCCUGCGGCGCAAGCGUACAGAGAUCCCAACACGGACUCCGAAUUCUAUCAACCAGGAUUCGUGCUGGGAGAUGUGGUCAAUGAUCGACCCCAGCUGAACAAUCACUACGACAUCUGGAUCGACUACCAUGCUGUACGUCCAAACGAGUACAGAGUGGUGGGCAUUUUGGUCGAGCCGUCCUCGAGAAGGGAUUCAAAGAGAGUUGGCAAAGGGGACGAUAUGAAAGCAGAUUGUGGCAAGAACGGAGGGCCAGUGAUACUAUCGGAAAAGGAAGGUGCAGUGACCAAGGUGACCUGGACGUACAGUGUGUACUGGAGACCUUCGGCGACCUCCUUCGCAACACGAUGGGACAAAUACCUACAUGUCUUCGAUCCGAAGAUCCACUGGUUCUCGCUGAUCAACAGUGCUGUGAUUGUUAUGUUCCUGGUCGGCAUGGUCAGUACCAUCCUGGUCAGAACCCUGAGGAAGGAUAUUGCGCGCUACAACAGGCUGGAUCAGAUCGACCUGGACGAUCUCAAUGACACCAGCGUUGGGGAUGGCGUCCAUGAUGACAGCGGCUGGAAACUGGUCCAUGGCGACGUCUUCAGACCUCCGAAGCAUGCUCUUGCGCUCUCCGUCCUGGUCGGGAAUGGUGCCCAGCUCUUCAUGAUGGCCGGCUUCACGAUCGUCAUCGCAUUGGUGGGCUUCCUCUCGCCCAGCAACCGUGGUAGUCUCGCGACUGUGAUGAUCCUGCUUUACACGGUGUUCGGCUGCGUGGGAGGCUACGCUGGUGCACGUGUCUACAAGUUCUUUGGCGGAGAGAAGUGGAAGCAGCUUUUCGUCUUGAUACCAUCAGCAGUGCCAGCAAUCGUCUUCGCAACCUUCUUCCUCCUCAACCUCUUUGUCUGGGCACGACAGUCCUCUGGAGCCGUACCGUUUACGACCAUGCUCGUCAUCGUCGGCAUCUGGUUCGUGAUUUCGGUACCAUCGUCUAUUGCGGGUUCUUGGUUUGGUUUCCGCCAACCUAUCUCCGACGCGCCAGUCCACACAAACCAGAUCCCUCGACAAAUCCCACCAAGUCAAGGAUACCUCCGACUUGUCCCCAGUAUGUUCCUGGUGGGAGUCCUACCUUUUGGAGCCAUCUUCGUCGAGCUGUACUUCAUCAUGAAUUCACUGUGGAGUAACCGAGUCUACUACAUGUUUGGCUUCCUUUUCCUCAGCUUCGGUCUGCUUGUCGUCACAUCUGCGGCAGUCACUAUCCUGAUGAUAUACUUCUUGCUCUGCCAAGAAAACUAUCACUGGCAGUGGAGAGCCUUUGCGAGCAGUGGAGCCAGCGCGGGUUAUGUCUUCGCUUACAGUCUACUGUACUGGGCGCGGAUGCUGAGUUUCAGCAGUUUCACUGGAAGUCUGCUGUACCUGGGGUACUCGAUUGUGUUGAGCUUUUUGUGGUUCUUGCUGAGUGGCUCUAUCGGCUUCUUUGCGUGCUGGAUUUUCGUCCAUCGCAUCUACAGCUCGCUGAAAAUCGACUAGGUUGCUUAAGCUCUCAUAGAAGAAUAGAUUACCGAUGACUCUGUGCCAGCUCAUGAGCCAAUUGUACCCAUCUAUACAAGAGGAUAUUGCGGUUCUGCUAAUUUGCCCUCAUUCUUAGAUACAAAAGCGUUGUCCACUAUACAAUAUGGACCGGAGCUAAGGCACGCCGAAGCAGGCCAGAGAACCUGAAGUGAAUAUGAUGAUCAUGGUGAUGUGACCUUGGGCGGGAGGGGCAAGCGCGAUUGUGCGACCACUGACAUCACCACCGUAACCCAUAGUGGGGUUCAGGCACGCCAUAAACAUGACGGGAACAUCUUGAUUGUUCUCGAUGACAACUUGACCUUUCAUUCUCCCAAACAUCACUCUGAAGCUCGACUCACUCCUAUCACCACACAGCACCAAAAAUGUCUUUCAGCAACGCAAACACUGGCUCCAAGGAUGCCGAUCCAUACACUACGAAGAACGCCUCGGAUCCCUCGUUGAAGGAGAAGGUGGAGGACCUGAAGACUUUUGUGGACAGGAACAAGUUCUGUCUGCUCACGACCAAGAACACGAGUGGCUUGCUUGUAAGCAGAGCUAUGGCUCUCGCCGCGAAGGAGGGCAACGGCAUUGACCUUAUCUUCCACACCAACACCGAGAGCGGCAAGACGGAUGACCUUGAUGCCAAUUCGGAAGUCAACGUCGGCUUUCUCAACAACUCUGGAGAGUGGGCUUCGUUCUCUGGACCAGCUACCGUCGAGACAGACCGCGCUAAGGUUCGCGAGUACUACUCACCUGCCUUGAAGGCAUGGCUUGGAGACCUCGGUGAUGGCAAGCACGAUGGUGGCCCAGAGGAUCCCAGAAUCGGUCUCAUCAAGAUCAAGACUAAAACCGUCACAUACGCCACUGCCUCGAAGAACCUCUUGACAAGCACGAUCGAAGUUGUAAAGGGCGCUGUUACCGGCGAGACUGCUGCAGUCAACAAGCUCAGACACCUGAGUGAGAGCGAGGUCCAGCAAUGGCGCUCUUCUUAAAUAUUUUCGAACCUUCACAGCAACGAGAUGCAGAUACCAGAGAUCCAGCGAGUCCGAUGCUACCAGCUGUAGCGUAGAGGGUUUCAUGUAGCGAAUGAUUACAGUCCCCAAAUUGAGAAUUGCAAGUCGUCGUGGAAGAACGAUGUCAUUGCGAACAAGGCUUGCAAAGCAGGGCCCCCCAGCGCACCAAUAAAAUACAUGUAGCCACCAGAAUCACUGUGUUACGAAAGCGAAAUCCACAUGAG